AUGCUCAAUAAUAGUGGCUCGGGUGUGCAAGUUGUAUUACCAUCAUCAUCUUCCGCAUCGGUGAAUGGACUCAAAAACUAUUACAUUGCCAAGAUCCAAGAGAAGGAAAUUGUUUUACGAGAUAAAAUUGAAAAUUUGAGACGAUUACAAGCACAGAGAAACGAGUUGAACGGUCGUGUUCGGAGUUUAAAAGAAGAAUUACAACAAUUGCAAGAACCUGGAAGCCAUGUAGGUGAAGUGGUUAAAGUAAUGGGUAAAAAGAAGGUUCUUAUUAAGAUCAGUCAAGAAGGAAAAUAUAUUGUAGAUAUUGAUAAAUCCAUAGAGUUAAAAGAUUUGACACCAGGUGUGAGAGUUGCUCUUAGAAAUGAUUCGUAUGCCCUUCAUAAGAUCCUUCCAAACAAGAUCGAUCCAUUGGUAAGCUUAAUGAAAGUUGAAAAAGUCCCAGAUGCUACCUAUGAAAUGGUCGGAGGUCUCGACGAGCAAAUCAAAGAAAUCAAGGAAGUGAUCGAGCUUCCAAUCAAACAUCCAGAGCUUUUUGAAAGUUUGGGUAUUGCUCAACCAAAGGGAGUAAUUAUGUAUGGACCUCCUGGUACGGGUAAGACCUUGCUGGCAAGAGCCGUUGCGCACCACACAGAUUGUACUUUUAUUCGUGUCUCUGGUUCUGAAUUGGUUCAGAAAUAUAUCGGUGAGGGAAGUAAGAUGGUGAGAGAAUUGUUUGUCAUGGCUCGUGAGCACGCUCCAUCCAUUAUUUUCAUGGACGAAAUUGACAGCAUUGGUAGCACGCGUACAGAAGGAGGAAAGGGAGGUGGUGACAGCGAAGUUCAAAGAACCAUGUUGGAAUUGUUGAAUCAAUUGGAUGGCUUUGAAUCUACUCAAAAUAUUAAGAUUAUCAUGGCUACAAAUCGUAUCGACAUUUUAGAUCCAGCUCUUUUGAGACCUGGUAGAAUUGAUCGUAAGAUUGAAUUCCCAAAUCCAAACGAGCUGGCCAGAUUGGACAUUCUCAAGAUUCACUCCAGAAGAAUGAACCUCACUCGUGGCAUAAACUUGAGAAAGAUUGCAUCCAUGCUUGGAGGUGCAUCUGGAGCUGAAAUCAAAGCUACUUGUACAGAGGCUGGUAUGUUUGCUCUUCGUGAAAGACGUGUGCACGUGACUCAGGAAGACUUAGAAUUGGCUGUUGCCAAGGUCAUGAAGAGAGGAGACGAGAGUAAUAUGAGCUUUAAGAAGUUAUUCAAAUAA